AUGGCGGGAAUUCCCUCCUCCCUUCGAGAACUUUUUUAUUCCUUCUCGGAUGGCAAUGGAAUGAACAAUGAAGCGUUGGCGGACACCAGCGAGCAGGUGUACAUCUCCCCCCUGGCCCUUCUGAAGAUUUUGAAACAUGGACGGGCAGGAGUGCCCAUGGAAGUGAUGGGGUUGAUGCUGGGCGAAAUAGUAGACGAAUAUACCAUCCGAAUUGUCGACGUCUUUGCGAUGCCACAGUCAGGGAACAGUGUGAGUGUGGAGGCAGUGGACCCAGUGUACCAAACGAACAUGUUAGAGGAAUUAAAAAAAACGGGGAGACACGAAAUGGUUGUUGGAUGGUACCACUCCCACCCUGGAUUUGGCUGCUGGCUCUCCGGAACAGACGUAAAUACACAAAAGAGUUUUGAACAAUUAAACCCAAGGACAAUCGGUGUUGUCGUAGAUCCAAUACAAUCGGUCAAAGGAAAAGUAGUCAUCGAUUGCUUUCGAUUAAUAAAUCCACAUAUGCUAAUGCUCGGACAAGAACCCAGACAAACCACAUCGAACAUUGGCUACCUAACCAAACCAACCCUAACAGCACUAGUACAUGGCCUCAACAGAAACUAUUACUCCAUAGUUAUUAAUUACAGAAAAAACGAAUUAGAGAAAAAUAUGCUCUUAAAUUUACACAAAGAUGUUUGGGGCAACCCCUUAAAGCUAAUUGACUUUAAUGAGCAAAAAAAAAAUACAGACGAAAAUUUGGAUAGCAUUAAAAAGCUAACAGCUUUGUACAACAAAAAUUUACGAGGAGAAAUGAAGAAAACGAAUCAGGAAAUUAUUCUGGAGAAUAUCGGAAAGAUAGAUGCCAAAAAGAGAAUCCAGAACUCCGUGGAAACGUUAUUGAAUGAUUCUAUUCUCACCUGCAUCGGAACCAUGGCAAACACUCUGUUCUUUUAG